AUGAAAUCAUCUACGAAACUUUGCUCACAGCACAAGUCUGAUGCCCACGAAGUUUUGAGUAAGACGCUGAAAUGUUUUCCGUCCAUAUUGGGGAUUACCGAACUUUUGCCGUUUGCCAGGCAAGAUACUCUAACUCUCACAAUGGGAUCCGCAUUCGCAUGCGUCUCGAGAGAUUCUAUCCUAGAGGAAGGUCGUGCUGUCCGGAUGAAACUUUCCGAGGAAUGCAACUUUGGUCGCGGAUUGCAGAGCAAGCGAAGAAAGAACGGCUACACGGCCGUUCUGCUUCGUCCUGCACCGCUGGUUGGUCGGGCGAAAAUCGUUGAGAUGAAUCCAGUAGGGUUUAGAGGAGGCCCGACGGGGAUCUCUUUGCCCUUCGUGCGGCGCACCUGUCUCAGUCGUCCGAUGUACCCGUUUCCGGGUCCGCAGUACCCGGCGUCCAUGCUCACACCGGACUUUCCACAAAUGGCCUGGUGA